CGCAGUUUGAUGACGACAUUUCAGCGCCGAAUGGCCGAAUGGCGGCUUCCAUCCCUGAGACGAGCAGCUCUGUGGGUCCCACAGUGGUUUUCUAAGGUGGCCAUUUCUGACUCUCCACGGGAGGUUGCUAUGGCAUUUCCUCACCUGCAGCAACCCAGCUUCCUACUGGCCAGCCUGAAAGCUGACUCUAUAAAUAAGCCCUUUGCACAGAGGUGCCAAGACUUGGUUAAAGUCAUUGAGGAUUUUCCAGCAAAGGAGCUGCACACCAUCUUCCCGUGGCUGGUAGAGAGCAUUUUUGGCAGUCUGGAUGGCAUCCUUGUUGGCUGGAACCUCCGCUGCUUACAGGGGCGCGUAAACCCAAUAGAGUACAGCAUUGCCAUGGAAUUUCUAGACCCUGGUGGCCCAAUGAUGAAGUUGGUUUAUAAACUUCAAGCUGAAGACUAUAAGUUUGACUUUCCUGUCUCCUACCUGCCUGGCCCCGUAAAGGCAUCCAUCCAGGAGCACGUCCUCCCCGACAGCCCUCUGUACCACAACAAGAUCCAAUUUCCCCCAACUGGGGGUCUCAGCCUGAACCUGGCCCUCAAUCCGUUCGAGUAUUACAUAUUCUUCUUUGCCUUGAGCCUCAUCACUCAAAAGCCACUUCCUGUGUCCCUCCACGUCCGCACUUCAGACUGUGCCUAUUUCAUCCUAGUGGACAGGUACCUGUCGUGGUUCCUGCCCACCGAAGGCAGUGUGCCCCCCCCACUCUCCUCCAGUCUAGGGGGUGUCAGCCCCUCACCAGCUCCCAGGACUCCAGCUGUGCCCUUUGCUUCCUACGGCCUCCACCACACCAGCCUCCUGAAGCGGCAUCUCUCUCAUCAGACAUCUGUGAAUGCAGACCCCGCCUCCCACGAGAUCUGGAGGUCAGAAACUCUGCUCCAGGUUUUUGUUGAAAUGUGGCUUCAUCAUUAUUCCUUGGAGAUGUACCAAAAAAUGCAAUCACCUCAUGCCAAGCUGGAGGUUCUGCACUACCGGCUCAGUGUCUCCAGCGCCCUCCACAGCCCUGCCCAACCCAGCCUCCAGGCCCUCCACGCCUACCAAGAGGCGUUCACACCUACCGAGGAGCACGUGCUUGUGGUGCGCCUGCUGCUGAAGCAUCUGCAUGCCUUCGCCAACAGCCUGAAGCCCGAGCAGGCCUCCCCCUCUGCCCACUCCCAUGCCACCAGCCCCCUGGAGGAGUUCAAACGGGCUGCCGUCCCGAGGUUUGUCCAGCAGAAGCUCUACCUCUUCCUGCAGCACUGCUUUGGCCACUGGCCCCUUGACGCGUCAUUCAGAGCUGUGCUGGAGAUGUGGCUGAGCUACCUGCAGCCGUGGAGGUACGCACCUGAGAAGCAGGCUCAGAGCAGUGACUCCCAGCCCCGGUGUGUGUCAGAGAAAUGGGCGCCCUUUGUCCAGGAGAACCUGCUGAUGUACACCAAGCUAUUUGUGGGCUUUCUGAACCGUGCACUCCGCACAGACCUGGUCAGUCCCAAGAACGCACUCAUGGUGUUCCGAGUGGCUAAAGUCUUUGCCCAGCCCAAUCUGGCCGAAAUGAUCCAGAAAGGUGAGCAGCUGUUCCUGGAGCCAGAGCUCGUCAUCCCUCACCGCCAGCAUCGGCUCUUCACAGCUCCCACGUUCACUAGCAGCUUCCUGUCGCCAUGGCCGCCAGCUGUCACUGAUGCCUCGUUCAAGGUGAAGAGUCAUGUCUACAGCCUGGAGGGCCAGGACUGCAAGUACACCCCAAUGUUCGGGCCUGAAAUCCGGACUCUGGUCUUACGCCUCGCUCAGCUUAUCACGCAGGCCAAGCAGACGGCCAAGUCCAUCUCUGACCAGUGUGUGGAUAGCCCGGCCAGUCGCUCCUUUUUGUCAUGGCUGGGCUUCUGCCCUGUGGAUGCAAACAGCUCCUACACAGCUAAUGACCUAGACGAGAUGGGGCAGGACAGCGUCCGGAAGACAGAUGAGUACCUGGAGAAGGCCCUAGAGUACCUGCGCCAGAUAUUCCGACUCAGCGAAGCCCAGCUCACCCAGCUCACACUGGCCCUGGGGGCCACUCAGGAUGAGAACGGGAAGAAGCAGCUCCCUGACUGCAUCGUGGGGGAGGAUGGGCUCAUCCUCACGCCCCUGGGCCGGUACCAGAUCAUCAACGGGCUGCGAAGGUUUGAAAUUGAGUACCAAGGGGACUCGGAGCUGCAGCCCAUCCGGAGCUACGAGAUUGCCAGCCUGGUCCGAGCACUAUUCUGGCUGUCAUCCGCCAUCAACCGCAGAUUUGCAGGUCAGAUGGUGGCUCUGUGCUCCCGGCAUGACUUCCUCGGCAGCUUUUGUCGCUACCACCUCACUGAACCUGCACUGGCCAACAGGCACCUGCUGAGUCCCGUGGGGCGGAGGCAGGUGGCCAGCCAAGCUCGGGGCCCCAGGCUCAGCCUGCGCUUCCUGGGCAACUACCAGACGCUGCUCUCGCUCCUGCUGGCCUUCUUUGUGGCCUCUCUGUUCUGUGUCGGGCCCCUGCCCUGUGCUUUGCUCCUCCUCCUGGGAUACCUCCUCUAUGCCAUGGCCAUGACGCUGCUGACCGAGCGGGGGAAGCUGCACCAGCCCUGACGGGGUCAGCCGAUGUCUCCAGAGCAGACAGGGUGCAUUUGCCACAGGCCCCUCCCUUGGGCCUGAGAGGCCAAGGGAGGCCUCUUCCAAGCCAGAGCCUGUUCAUCUUGGGCCUUCUAGGGGGUGUUUUCCCACAACAGUGGAGUCAUCUGGAAGAAACUGAAAUGAGAAGGGAGAGCAG